AUGCUCUUUCACAGACUUGUUGGAAUCGCAGCAGUUGCAUCUGGCUUAGCCAAUGCUCUUACGGACCUGGGUCCAGUCAAAGGUCUCAACCGACGACUGGCAAAGUCCACACAAUGUGUGGUACCCGCCAACGGUGACGGAUCUGAUGACACGCCCGCCAUCUUGGCCGCAUUCGAUAAGUGCAAGACUGACGGACACAUUGUCUUUGAGAACGUCACGUACCACAUUGGUCAGGUCAUGAAGACUACUGAUCUCAACAACGUCAAGAUCGAUAUCAAAGGGACCCUCUUGUGGAGCAAGAACACGACGUAUUGGCUAGAGAAUUCUCUCCCCAUCGGUUACCAAAACCAGACGACAGCCUGGGUUCUGGGUGGAAAGCAUCUCGACGUCAACGGCUUUGGCUAUGGCACAUUUGAUGGUAACGGCCAGACUUGGACGGUCACAAUCACGCGGUCCGCACGCGUUCUCCUUCAAGAUAUUUACGUCAACAACACAAGUUCCAACAGGAACCCUGCCCGCAAUACCGACGGUGCUAAUACUAUGUUCUCGGACAACAUCCACUUCCGUCGCUGGACAGUCAAGAAUGGCGAUGACUGCAUUGCGACCAAGGCCAACUCGACAAACAUUCUGAUAGAAGACGUCGAAUUCCACGAUGGCCAGGGCGUGGCAAUUGGCAGCAUUGGGCAGUAUGCGGGCCAUUUUGAGAUCAUCGAGAAUGUCACGGUGAGGAACGUGUUGGCCCAUGGAUCUCGCUAUGCUGGUCGCAUCAAGACGUGGACUGGUGAGCAGCUUGGAUAUCCACCAAACGGCGGGGGUGCUGGUUUAGGAUAUGCUAAGAAUCUCAGCUGGGAUAAUGUGACCAUCUACGACGCGGAAGAGGCUCCCAUCUACGUAAUGCAAUGCAUCACCUACAACGAGCAACAGGGAAAUUGCAGCUCAUCUUUGUUUGAAAUCUCCAACAUCAGCUUCACCAACUUCCGUGGCUCACUCCAGGGAAGCCGCGUCGCCUACCUUCAAUGCAGUCGGGCUCAUGGUGGAUGUGACGAUGUCCGAAUCGAGAACAUGAACUUCACCAACAUCAGUGUUGACCCACCGGCUCCCGCGACAGGAUAUAGGUGCAGCAACAUCAACGAUCCGGAAGGGUUUGAGUGCUAA